UUUUUAGUUUACAAACCCUGCAAGCUAUGUUGUUGGAAUGGUCUGCUACUUCAGCACAGAACCCUACCCCCUUUUCUAGAGGUUCACAGUGGUCAUGAGCCAUGAAAAGGACUGGGAUCUUUGUAAGGCUUGGGAAAGAUACAUUAUUAUGCUUACACUGCACUGAGCACCUGCUUGAGUCCUUUAUUAGAGUGUGAACAAUGCAGUGGAAAUAAUCAUGCUACACAUACAGUUUUAGGAAUGGUUCAGAACCCUCCUUGGUUCUUGCUCCUGCAGACACCUACAUAAGCACUUUGGCAUUAUUGCAAAGACGAAGGCUGUGGGGCUCUUAGUCUGCAAUGCACAGCUCUGACAGCUCUGCAACAGGCAUUACCCAAAACCACGCCUGAGAAAGUGUGUGCAAGGGGAUGCAGUUGCUGGUAUACUUUUCUUAAAAAAAAAGAACCCAGAGAAAGUAAUAGAUGACAUCUACAUUUUGGGCAAACCCCCCCCCCACUAUUGUUACUAUGGUGUAAGACAAUUAUCCAUACUUGAAAACAAUGCUACAUUUAAAAGCAAUGUAUUGUAAUUUUUUUCUUCAUACUGCUCUGUGUCCCCUGCUUGGAUCAUAGUUGACCUUCUCCAAGAUUACUGUGUGCAAACACCUUUCAUCCUAACCAAAUAUUUCACAGGUAUUUAUAUCUUGGGUUACAAACUGGAGGGCACUAAGGCCCUCCUCCUUCAGAUGCACUUGCCCAUACCUUGGACCUGGUAUCCCAGAGGGACACACUACAUGUGUUACUUUGCACCCAGGCUCCUUCUGAUCUGCACCAAGUAGUUUUCCUUGAUAAAGCAGCACGGCCACAGGCAGGACAUCAUCCACUGGAAUCUGGGUGCCACACAGUGCAGGGAGACAUGCACUAUGCACAUGCUGCCUCUGUAGAGUAAGAGAGCCUAAGACUACAAGAAACCCCUUGGACUGUCUUGGUCUGAUAUUCUGAGUCAGGACUCUCCAGGUCUGCUCCCUGGUUAAGUUUUAGCAAACCCCUCCAUCUCUCUCUCUCUCACUAAGGUAAAAAAAAUGAAGCCAAACCAAAUUGGUAUUGUUUUUUAUAAAUCCAGUAAUGGUGAAUCUACCAUAAAUCUUGGUAAGCUGUUUCAACAGUUGAUUUUUUUCUCACUACACUUUAUUAAUGAAUUUGUUUCCCAUCACCUUCUGUUAAGAGAUCUUAUCUCUUUGUUGUUAAACAGAAGAUCCAGAUUUUUUUUCCUGUUUUCAGUGCUGAUAAGGUAUGAUCACCUCACACCUUAACCUUCUCUUUAGGAAACUGAAAUAGAUUGAGCGUUUUGGGUCUUACUACAAAACAUGUUUGACAGUCCUGUAAUCAUUCUUUACUACUCUUCUUUGAAACCCCUUUAGUUUUUAAACAUCCUUCUUUAAGUGUUGUCUGGACAAAUUAUUUCCAAAACAGUCACAACAGAGUCAAAACCAGAGGUAAAAGAACUCCCAGCUCUUGUUUUUUUCCCAGGACAGCACUAGCCCAGCCCUUUGGUCACAGCACUGCAGAAGGAGCUCAUGUUCAGCUGAUUAUUCAUCUUAAUGAAGUCUUUACGGAAUUGCAGCUUUGCAGGAUAGAGUUACAUCCUUUCAGUGUGACCUACAUUCUUUGUUCCAAGAUGUGAGACUUUACAUUUGGCUUGAUUGAAAUACAUAUGAUGUGAUUAUGCCUAAAUUUAACUUCAGGGUAUGCAGCCAUAAGCAUCCUUUGCCUUUUGCCCCAUGCUUUGUGCCUCCUACAAAGCUUUGCUAAAAAGGAUUUCAGAUUUUUUUCAGAUUGUCAGUAAAAAUAUUAAAUAGUGUAGGGUGCAUAAGCAGUCUCUGUGGGAUCCUACUGGAGAAAGACCAACUUGAUAAGUAUGUCUUUACAAUAACAAUUUAAGACAGAGAAGUCACUCAGCUUUUAAUAAUUUUAAUGUUUCAGACAAUGUUGAAGUCUGUUACAAAAAGAACUAAGUUUUAUAUCAUCAGAAAGAUAUGAAAUUGACAUAAAACUCCAUUCACACAAAGUUUUCAUAAUCUUAAGCAAAAUUUGUUGUAUUACCUCGCUUUCAGAUGGCUACUUAAAUCCUGUACUAGAUGUGCUGCUAUUUCACCUGAGCUCAAAUUCAGGUUGAGAAAUUUUUAAUUACAUCAGACAUCACUCCUUAAAAAUGUUGAUAAAAAAUCUCUGCCUUCUGAAACUUCCCUGACUUCCAGGGUGUAUUAAAACUCAGUGUAAAUGGACCACAGAGCUCCUUAUCUGGCAGUUUUGAACCUCUAAAAUAUGAGAGUUCCAGACCUGGUGAUUUAUUCAUAGAAGUAUUUGAGAUCUUGAGUUUAGACAGACAAGAUGACCUUCUGGAAUAGGAUGCAAGUACUGUCAAAUGGCCUGUAUAUGAUGGUAACCUCAUUACAUGCUGAAAUUUAUUAUCCUACUCCACCUUGCAAAAUGAGAUGUAGAUUGUGGUGGCUAAGUGAUACCUGUGCAAAGCAUACUAAGCAGAUGAUGAACUUUUUAUAACUUAUCUGGUUUUUUUUAUUCUGAGGGAGAAAUUUCCCCAGCAUUUCAGGCUUCUGUAGAGUGGAAAGUACUGUAUGGAAGAAUAACACACACUAGACUCAUAUUUUCCUGCUCCACUGUCUGUGGAGAGUUAUUUUGCCAUUUUGGACCAGAAUUCUUCUGUGUUGUCAGUACUCCAGGCUCCUGUGGAUGGCAACAAUGACUCAGUUAUUAAGUUCUUUGGAGGUGGUGUCCUUGUGGGUGUGUACAUGCACGUGUGAACUGAGAGCACUUUUCAGACCCCACUCUGUGGAGCUCUGGAAGGGGGACUGGACUGCAGGAAGGGUGCUGAUGAAAAGCCAGCCCUAAAUUUAUUGUAGAAAGGCCUGCUCUUAUGUGGAGAAGACCCUUUCUUUUAUGUGUCACAGGAAUCUGGGAGUGUUGAAAACUUCUGUGCAGCACCAGAUGACCCCUGCUGUCACUUUAUGGGUGACAGGCACUCCUGACCCUGGUCAAGGAUAAUUAAUGAGCAUUAAUCACCUUGCUGUUCACCUUCCUUUGCAGGGGUGCAGUACCUAGCUGGUGUUGCUCCAGGUGGUGAGGCAGAUGUUCUGGUUACCUGGGAUCACCAUCCCCACCAUUAAUUGUCCACGUUAUUAAUGAAUACUCGGAUCAGGUGACGUUUCUAAUCCCAGAUCGGAAGAUACAGACCCGUCAGCCGGUGGUGGAGUGGCGAGGGGGUGUGGGGGAGGGCAAGUGGCACAGGGGGAGUCCCAGCGGCUCCCGUUAAUGAAUUAAUCCGCUAACGAGGGUGGGCUCGGCGGCCCGUGCCCCCUCCAGUCCCGGCAGCCGCCUCCUCCCCCGGAGGGGGCAGUGACAGGCAGCGGUUCCUGCCCCAUGUGACUGGGGAGCGGCUGCCCCGUCCAUGGCUUGGCCUCCCCCGGGCAGCAGCAGCUCCGGCUCCCGGGGAGGAGGGGCGGGAGCUGCUGCUCCAUGGGGAGGAAGGGCAGCCCCCGAUCCCCCCAGGCGGAGGGGGGAUCCCGGGCCGCCUCCCCCCCCUCCCCGCUCUGGGCCUUACCUGAGGAGCUGCUGCUCCUCAUCUGCUCCUACCUGGACGCGCAGGCCUUGGGCCGCCUGGCCCAGGUCUGCCGCCGCCUGCGCUUCCUCAGCAGCCGCGAUGUCCUCUGGCGGCGCAUAGCCCGCGGCUGCCUCAACUCCGGCUUCACCCAGCUCGGCACCGACUUAGCUGCUGGCAUUCCAGUGAAGGAAAGGGUGAAGGUAUCUCAGAACUGGAGGCACGGACGCUGCCGGAGGGAGACAGUCCUGAAAUGGAAAUGCAAUUUGAUGCCCUGGAUGGAGCUGGAUGAUGAGUAUCUCUACCUGUCUCAAGCAGAGAACAUCCAGGCCUAUCACCUCUGUGCAGAGGGGACAGGUCUACAGUGUCACCCUCAAGCCAUCUUCUCUGGCCACCAGGAGGACGUGUGUCGUUUCGUUCUUGUCAACUCCCACAUUGUCAGUGGAGGGGGAGAUGGCAGUAUUGUCCUUCACAAGAUCCAUGGCUCCUACAGUGUCAAGUUCUCUGCACAUGAACAGGAGGUGAAUUGUGUGGACUUCCAAGGUGGCCUCAUUGUCAGCGGCUCCCGGGACCGAACAGCGAAGGUUUGGUCCCUGUCCGCGGGCAGAGUUGGUCAGUGUCUACAUACUGUGCAGACAGAGGAUCGAGUGUGGUCCAUUGCUAUCAGCCCAUUAUUAAGCUCAUUUGUGACGGGGACAGCCUGCUGUGGACACACCUCACCUCUGAGAAUCUGGGACCUUGAGAGUGGUCAGCUGUUGACCUGUUUGGGGACCGACUUCCACCGUGGAGCUGGAGUCCUGGAUGUGUUCUACGAAACACCCUCCCUUCUCCUUUCUUGUGGGUAUGACACCUACAUCCGCUACUGGGACAUACGGACCAGCACCAGGAAGUGUGUCCAGGAGUGGGAAGAGCCCCAUGACAGUGCCCUGUACUGCAUAAGGAGUGAUAAGAACCAUAUGAUUGCCAGCGGCUCUUCCUACUACGGUGUGGUGCGCCUCUGGGAUAAGCGGCAGACUCGGUGCCUGCAGAGCUUUCACCUGUCUUCACCCACCAGCAGCCCAGUGUACUGUCUCCGUUUCAGUACCACCCACCUGUAUGCUGCCCUGGCAUCAGCCCUGCACGUCCUGGACUUCACGGCCUCGUGAAGGGCACCACAGCUGCUUCUGGUGACCCCAGCUCUGCAGAGCUGACACUUGGCUCAGGGAAUUGCAGGGUAGGAGAGGUGAGAAAGGCCCACAAGGCUUCUGAAGGGACUUUUUUUGCCUGCCAGAAAGCUAUGAAGAGUGCACAAAGGGCCAAACUUUCUCAACCUUACCUGCCUGUUAGUAAAAACAAUAGGCCAAUUGUCCUUUACCCUUUUUAUUUUGUGCAAGUCAGGAAUUGUUUUAUUAACUGCGUUCCUUUUCUUCCUUUUCUUUUUCCUUCAUUUUUUUUUCCUGUGGAUACAUCAUUUGAGGGGCAAGUUGAGCCAGGAUGCCCCAUCAGCUGUGUGCUGGUCAGUUUGAGAUCAGCCAAGUUCUAAGCCUGUGAAGCAAGACUAGGCUGUGUGUAGGGUGGACUGAUUUGGUGGAAAGGUGCCUGGAGAGAGGCCCACCCUUCUCCUUAACUUGCUGUUCUGACAGCUGCUUGUGUUGUCCUUCACAGCCAAGAGCAACAAUUGAGCUAAAAGGCAGAGCCAGCCCUGCUUUCAGUGUGCCUCCCCAAGCUGGCCAUCAGGUCAGGCUAUGCACUUGGCAGGGCUGAAAUGGUCGUGUUUUGCUAAAUAAAACUGAAAGGAAACAAGA